AUGGACCAGUCGUCUCCAACCUACAUGCUUGCCAACUUAACCCACUUGCAUUCCGAGCAGCUUCUGCAAGGCCUGAACCUCCUUCGGCAGCACCAGGAGCUCUGCGACAUCGUCCUUCGGGUGGGGGAUGUCAAGAUCCAUGCCCACAAGGUGGUGCUGGCCAGCAUCAGCCCCUACUUCAAAGCCAUGUUCACCGGGAACCUCUCGGAGAAGGAGAACUCGGAGGUGGAGUUCCAGUGUGUUGACGAGGCGGCGCUGCAGGCCAUCGUGGAGUACGCCUACACAGGCACUGUCUUCAUCUCACAGGACACUGUAGAGUCACUUCUUCCAGCUGCCAAUCUCCUCCAGAUCAAACUGGUGGUGAAGGAGUGCUGUGCAUUCCUGGAAAGCCAGCUGGAUCCUGGGAACUGCAUCGGGAUCUCUCGCUUUGCAGAGACCUACGGUUGCCAUGACCUCUACUUGGCUGCUAACAAGUACAUCUGUCAGAACUUUGAGGAGGUUUGUCAGACAGAAGAGUUCUUUGAGCUCACGCAUUCCGAGUUGGAUGAAAUUGUCUCCAAUGACUGCUUGAAUGUCGUGACAGAGGAGACCGUGUUUUAUGCCUUGGAGUCCUGGAUCAAGUACGACGUGCAGGAGCGGCAGAAGUACCUGGCCCAGCUGCUGCACUGCGUCCGCCUGCCCCUGCUCAGCGUCAAGUUCCUCACCAGGCUGUACCAAGCCAACCACCUCAUUUCCCACCAGACCAUGCUGAUGACACGGCCUCGCUGUGCUCCUAAAGUUCUCUGUGCUGUGGGAGGAAAAGCUGGGCUGUUUGCCUGUCUGGAAAGUGUGGAGAUGUAUUUUCCCCAGAAUGACUCCUGGAUCGGGCUGGCACCGCUCAGCAUUCCCCGCUAUGAAUUUGGGAUCUGCGUCCUAGACCAGAAGAUCUAUGUGGUGGGAGGGAUUGCCACCCACGUGUGCCAGGGCAUCAGCUACCGCAAGCACGAGAGCUCAGUGGAGUGCUGGGACCCUGACACAAACACCUGGACUUCUCUGGAGAGGAUGUUUGAGAGCAGGAGCACCCUGGGAGUGGUGGUUCUGGCCGGAGAGCUCUACGCCCUGGGGGGCUACGACGGGCAGUCGUACCUACGGACUGUGGAGAAAUACAUUCCCAAAGUGAAGGAGUGGCAGCUGGUGGCCCCCAUGAACAAAACCAGGAGCUGUUUUGCUGCAGCUGUCUUGGAUGGGAUGAUAUAUGCCAUUGGUGGCUAUGGUCCUGCCCACAUGAACAGUGUGGAGCGUUACGAUCCCAGUAAAAACUCCUGGGAGGCAGUGGCUUCCAUGGCUGACAAACGAAUAAACUUUGGUGUUGGUGUCAUGCUGGGCUUCAUCUUUGUAGUUGGUGGGCACAAUGGUGUGUCUCACUUGUCAAGCAUUGAGAGAUACGAUCCUCACCAGAACCAGUGGACAGUGUGUCGGCCCAUGAAGGAGCCCAGGACAGGAGUUGGUGCAGCUGUAAUUGAUAACUACCUGUAUGUAGUGGGAGGGCACUCGGGGUCAUCCUACCUGAACACUGUCCAGAAGUACGACCCCAUCUCAGACACCUGGCUGGACUCUGCUGGCAUGAUGUACUGUCGAUGCAAUUUUGGUUUGACUGCACUUUGAUGGAAGGCAGGACUUCAACAGACCUGAUGCAAAGAUGGAGCUUAAUCUUCUUGGAAAUAAACCCUGCUGGUGGAGACCAUGAGCUGCAUUUCCUGGAGCUGGGAAGUCGGAGGGAUGUGGUGAAGUUGGGCUGGAAUCAGGAAGGAAUUGUUUUCUUCUGGUAAUUGGCCUCUGUUACUUUAGGGACAUGGGCAGAAGGAACAGAAAGGAACCCCAGCUGGGUUCAGAGGGCAUCCAGUUUUGGCAGUGGAUUUGAGAAAGCACUGUACAUGCCUGGGAUAUGGUUAGAAACUUACUGUACAUCUAACCCUUUCACUUUCUAGAGCUUUUCUCUCUUCUUCCUGCCUACUAUGAAACAUGAAGUUUACUGUGCUUGGGGUGAGAGAGGUGUGAGUGUGGUGUGUGUCUGGACACGUUGUUGACACUUGUCUGGUUGUGUCUUCAUAUUAAGAAAAUGCCAGUGCUUCAUAAUUUUUUUUAUGAACAGUAACUAAAGGGCUGCCUUGUUUCUGUGUCUCAAGGUUUGUAAAUAAUCAACGCCAUAGUUUGUUG